UUUACCUCCUUUCAUCCUUUGACAACUAGGUUGACGUGGCUGUCUGCUUCCCCGAGAAAGGCCGAACAUACAAAAAGCACAGGCACGCGACAUCUGACCGUAGUUGGAGAGCAAGCAGCUUUGUCCUUUCGCCCGCAAGCAAACUCUUUCCUUUGCUGCAGAAUCUCAUCAUCCAUCCAUACGUAUAAAGGGAACAAAGCCCCUGAGACGGGACCGACCUUCUUCAUCACUUUCACAACACCAUCACUUCAGCUAUCCAUAUUUUACACCACCUUUCUCACAAUGGGAAGCACCACUGUCAACCUCGUCGAUUCCUCGACUACUUCCACCAACUCUCACGGCUACUUCAACGCUCCCGUGGACAACACGUCGUCCAGCGAGACGACCCCCUUGUCGACCCCCGGGCUAAAGGCAGACGAAUCUGAGCACACCGCCGCAAGCAAGCCUAUCCCUGCACUUCUCCGCGACUUCCCCAAGCCACAGGACGAGGUCGACGUGCAGACCAUGCUUGACCGUCAUCCAGGCCGUUGGACCGUCCGGGGCCAGAUGGAGGCCAAUCAGCGACGCGCCAAGCCUGCGCACAACGAGGAGGAGCUCAAGGCCCAGCGCCAUCAAGACUUUGAGAAGGCCAAGCAGGAUCUCCGUGCGUUCCAGGGACACCUUCGCACUUCCUCUGAGCAAUGGCGACCUUGA